AUGGGGAGAGCACCAUGUUGUGGGAAAAAUGGACUGAAAAAGGGUCCAUGGACACCAGAAGAAGAUCAGAUACUCAUUGAUUAUAUACAGAAAAAUGGGUAUGGAAAUUGGAGAACUCUUCCAAAAAAUGCUGGGCUGCUAAGGUGUGGAAAGAGUUGCAGACUCCGUUGGACUAAUUAUCUUCGCCCUGAUAUCAAAAGAGGAAGAUUUUCUUUCGAAGAAGAAGAAACUAUUAUACAACUCCAUAGCAUCUUGGGGAACAAGUGGUCGGCUAUUGCAGCUCGUCUACCAGGAAGAACGGACAAUGAAAUCAAGAACUACUGGAACACGAACAUUAGGAAAAAGCUUCUUCGGAUGGGAAUAGAUCCUUCGCCCACCGGAGGAAGCCCCGCCGACAGUGGCCGGAAUUGUGGCCCACCUGUAUAA